AUGGAUGCCUCUCACGAGAAUGACAGCAUCCCAUCUGAGAACAAUGGACAAACCUCGAUGCUGGGCAGCUGGGUGGAUGUUGAAGAUAUAGAGGACCUCGAUCUUAACUCUGUCAAGAGCAAUGCAGAUUCAGAGCCAGAUCCUGCUGGUCAAGUUGAUGAAUGGCUGGAUGUUUUUGGUUAUGGCCAACUAAAGAAAAAAGUCUUGGAGGCAGGGCAAGGCAGUCCGCCACAGAAAGGACAGCAUGUUGUGAUUAAUCUAAAGACCUCCCUGAAGAAUGGGACACUGGUAAAUCAGAAGACAAAUGUUGCUUUCACUUUAGGAGAUGGUGACAUCAUCCAAGCUCUGGAUCUUAUAGUGCCGUUCAUGGAAAUGGGAGAGAAGGCUCUCAUCCAGACAGAUGCAACAUAUGCAUAUGGCAUCCAUGGCAGUCAUGAACCUGAGGUUCCCCCUAAUGCUGAGCUGUCCCUAGAAGUGGAGCUACUGGAGGUCAUGGAUGCGCUGGACCUGGAGCUGCUGCUACCCACUGAAAAAUCAGCGCUCGUAAGGCUUAAGAGAGAAAGAGGCAACGUCCAUUAUCAGCGCAAGGACUAUGCGUUUGCAGUCAACUCUUACACCAUUGCUCUGCAGAUAACGGAGUCUAAUUCCAACACUGACAUAAGUCCAGAUGAGGAGAAGGAGCUGGUGGACGAGAAAGUGAAGUGCUUGAACAACAUGGCUGCCUCUCAGCUGAAAAUGAAACACUAUGAUCAAGCCCUUCAAUCAAGCAUCUCCAUUUUGGCUCAUCAGCCAGAUAAUGUAAAGGCCCUUUACCGCAUUGGCAAGGUAUUAACCUUCCAAGGUGAGUACAGUGAAGCCAUUCAAAGUUUGAAAAGGGCGCUAAAGUUGGAACCAGAGAACAAGACUAUCAAAGCAGAGCUCUCCAAACUAGUGAAGAUGCACUUGGAGCAGAGAGAAGACGAGAAGGCUGUGGAUAUGAAGUUGCUGGAUAACCCCACUACUAGAAACUGCAGCACACAGACAGGUGCAGACAUGUCAUCGACGGGUGUCAGCUGGAAGUGGGUGUUCGCUGCCACAGUCGUAGUUUUUGGUAGUAUAGCAAUUUCUGUUUUCAUAUCUACAAGAAAGUAAACCUAGUCUGUUGUGAUGGCCUGACCCUGUUAUUUGAGAACUUACACUGACUUCUUCCAUUUCGUAAAGGCGGGGCAGAUGAUGGUUUCUUUAUGCCUCUCUUUCCUAUUUUAGAUAAAUGUGACACCACUGACUCUGUGGCUUCUUCAGUGUUAGUCUCAGUUAGUCUGACAGAGACAAAACUGUAA